UCCUGCUGGGGCAGGCUGCCCCCAUGGUGCCCUGGGCCACUCUGGGCCUGGUGGCCCUGAACGUGGCCCUCUUCUGGCACCCCAUCCGGUCUCCCGGCGGCUCCUGCCUGAGCGUGCAGACGGUGUGGGAGCAGGGCCAGUGGCACCGGCUGCUCCUGGCUCCUUUCCACCACCUGAGCCUGUGCCACCUGCUGAUGAACAUGGCCACCCUCUUCUGGCUGGGCAGGGGCAUGGAGCAGGAGGUGGGCAGCCUGCGGACGGGCGCUGUGCUGCUCCUCCUGGCCCUGCUGGGGGGGCUGCUCCACCUGGCCCUCAACGCUUUCCUGGCCGUGGCCACCGGGCACCCGUGGUACUGGGAACACUGCGCCGUGGGAUUCUCAGGGGUCCUCUUCUCGCUGGAAGCCAUGGGCCGGCAGGUGGAGCCCUUGCCGGUGGCCGUGUUGGCCAGCGGCGUCGCCUUGACGACCAGGUGGCUGUGCAUUCUGGAAUGCCUACUGCUCGCCCUCGUCCACCCCAGGAGCUCCUUUACGGGACAUGUCUCCGGGAUCCUGGCUGGGCUAGCCUUGUCCGCCUCCCCCUUGCAGCUUGGCAGUGGCGGCAGCAGCAACUGA